UCGUCGUUUCCUCAUCCUUCUUUUUGGCGUGGCGUCGGUAGCGAGCGGACGUGCUUUGCUUGUAUUGUAUCGUUAGAGCAGUGCCGCCGGUCUGAUUUCGCGUUGAAAAGUCAUUAAUUCUAUUACUUUGUGUUAAGAAGAUUAUAAUAGUGAGAAAAACACCAUGAGGCCGCAACAAAACGGUGGAGACGAUGGCUUUGAUGAGCCAGAGGUGCACCGGAAAAUUUUCAUCGGUGGUCUCAACUAUAGGACUACCGAUGAAUCACUGAAAUCACAUUUUGAAAAAUGGGGUGAAAUUGUGGAUGUCGUAGUCAUGAAAGAUCCCAAAACCAAAAGAUCGCGUGGUUUUGGUUUCAUCACGUACUCUAAAGCGCACAUGGUUGAUGAUGCGCAGAACAACAGACCGCAUCGAAUUGAUGGCCGAGUUGUUGAAACAAAACGUGCGGUAGCGCGACAAGACAUUAAGAACCCUGAAGCAGGCGCAACUGUGAAGAAAUUGUUCAUUGGUGGCAUCAAGGAUGACCAUGAUGAUGAACAACUUCGAGAAUACUUCUCUAGCUAUGGAAAUGUCCAGAAUGUCAGCAUUGUGACUGAUAAGAGCACCGGAAAGAAGCGUGGUUUUGGAUUCGUGGAGUUUGAUGACUAUGACCCUGUUGACAAAGUUUGCUUGAAUGGCCCUCACAAAAUCAAUGGCAAACAAUUAGACGUCAAGAAAGCUCUUCCUAAAGAUGGCGCAGAACAAAGAGGAGGAGGAAGACAAGGACCUGGAGGCAGAAAUGACAACUGGGGUAAUGGUGGUGGCUAUGGGGGUGGAAACCAGGGAGGAUGGAACAACUCCAAUCCUUGGGAUAACAACCAAGGAGGAGGUUGGGGGGGUAAUCAGGGUGGCGGUGGCGGUGGCGGCUAUGGGGGCGGCGGUAAUGGCCGUGGGGGUUGGGGCAACCAAGAUUUUGGCAAUUACAACCAACAGCCGUACAGCGGCGGCCCCACCAGAAACCAACAGUAUGGUGGUAACAACCGCGCCGCACCCUACAACAUGAACCAGGGUGGUGGCGGCGGUGGCGGUGGCGGCGGCGGCUACGGCAGCGGCGGUAGCUAUGGCGGAGGCCAGGGCAGAGGGGGGCGCUUCUAAACUAUGUUUCGUGCUAAGUACACUAGUAAAGCAGUGUUAACCGCUAGUGUAGGCAGUACGCUCCGGAGCACUAGAUACACACCUCAUGGUCCGCCCGCGAGACCAACCUAGGAGAAGGCGUCAGGAAAACCAAUAGUUGUAGCUGGAGCUCUUGACUCUUGUCUUUUAGAAGAAUAUGAUUAGAAUACUUUUAUAUGUGUACUGAAUUGUAAGAUGGUCUUCUAUUUAUUGUAGUACCUAGGUACUUAUCGUGACAUACUUUUAAGGAUAUAGCAAUGUAAAAAUGAGAAUUAUUUACGUUUUUUUACGAAUUAAGUACAAUUUAGGAUAAUUCUGUAAGAAUCCCUCAUAUAGACGCUAGGUGAACGAGAUCAGAGUUUAGUUGACAUAGAUUUUUGAAGUGAAUCAUGAUUAAUUUAAUUUCCUGACCUUACUCAGUAUUAAGUUCUCAAAUAGCUGUUAUAUGAUUAUUAGGCUUAGAAUUAUGGACUUCUAGGAUAAUAUAAUGUAAAAAUAAACUUUAAUACAAAAAUAGUAGGGUUGUUUCUUUAGAUCUGUACAUAUUCCUCUUUUAUUUUUAUUUUUUUUGUCAGCACUACACAAGUUGUGCAGAUACUAUGCAGUAAGUAACCUUACUAAAAUAGUUUCGCUGACUUAUUUAUAGUUUAAAAUGUAGAUGAAUAAACAAUAUUUGUGUUAGUUAUUGUUGUACAUAUUAAACCUACUUGUCGACCCUAGAUUUGACUAGUUUUGUAGCAGCUUGUGGAGAGGAUGUUAUCAUUGGAAACUUCGAUUAAAAACGGUUCACACAUUUUGAAUGGUGUGAUAUACCAACUUAACGGUAUUACCGUUAGCUAACGGUAUGUAGAAGUCGUAGACCUCUUACACCGGUGUACAGUUGUUGAGUCAUUGUGCGCCUAAAUGUGGCCAAAUAUGUUCUCAUUUCAAUACAAGAUACGGAAUAUUUACACACGCAAGAACAAACUCAAACCAGAAGUAGGUAAUGUAUGUAUUUAGACAGGUAUGUAGUAACAGGUAUCCAUUUUCGAUAUUAUUAUUUAUGAAUAGGUAGGCGUUUAUACUUAUGUAGGUUAUAAUUUACCAAUAGUGAAGUGAUUAUAUACAUUGCAGUACUUGAAAACUUCUAGUUCACAAUAAGAUUAGUAGGUAUGAAUGAGCGUAGAUUCAAUUAUGGAUUUAUUAAUCGAAAAAUAAUUUAUCGAUUAUGAUUAUUUGAAUUUAUAUAAUUCGAACAUUUCUACAAAUUCACUGCUACCUACUUCAUAGAAUUCCGAAUAAAUAGGUUUUAAACGUGUUGAUGUUGCUAUUUACUAGAUACAGUCCAACAUUGGACUUUUUUAUCCGACUACCUACCAAGUUCGUUUCAGAUAAUUUGGGAAUAAGUAUAUUGUAGAAACGUAGGCUGUCUCUAUUCUUAUCCCACAACAUACUAUUAGCCAAGAAGAAUUGCAAAGUAUAUUUUCAUCAAACAAGAAUUACUUAGUAGAUCUACAGUGAACUAUCUUGUGAAUUUAUUUUUUCUUGCCUGCAAUGUUAAAAUACCUUUGUUUGUUUUGUUUCACCUUUCGUUAGAUAGGCAUUCCAUAUUUACUUUUCAUUUCUAAUCUGUUAAUUUUAUUUCCAUGAUGAACUUCGGGGGCAUCGGGGUCGUAAACGAUCUGCGAAGUUCCUUUAAUCCCAGGUAAGUUGUUUAAUGAAUUAGAACAUACAUAUUAAUUGGUUUGUGCAUUUAUUUAUUUAAUACUAAUAAAAUAAAUAUUUCACUACAUAAA